UGUAGCAGUAGCACAGCCAGCAGACGACCUGCUGGGUAAACAACAGUGGUUGCCUCGGAAGGCAGGAAUGGGAACUUCGUCGAGGGCAGAUAGUGAGACAUUUCUGUCUUGUUAAGUAGAAACAUAAUACAUAGUUCGCUUUACCUUUAGAAGGUUCAUAGGUUACAUUAGCGAAUCAAAAUGGAUGAGAAUGAUCGAGUAUUUGAUAAGUGAAGUGGAACUAGCCUUAGCUUAGCUCAUCGCUACCCAGGGCCCAUUGCCUUCGAUUUUGUUUCUCGGCUCUGCUCGGGACUGUGUUGUCAGUUUCACAAUCCCAGCCACUACCUUCCUCGGGUCGCGAUUUCUGUCUAGGCCUGUCUAGUUGCAAUUAGGGUUAACAUUUUAACAAAUUACCGUUUUCAACGUUUGCCACUAUUUUCCUCAGGAUUUAACCUCCCAUGUUACAAAAAGGACGGUGACACAUUUUGAAAUAAGGACUUAGACCCAGGUUUUGUGAGAUGCAGAGGACAGAAGCCCUGGAAUUGAUGUGAGUGUGCUUGGUGUUUGCUCUGUGAGGACAGACUUGCCACCAUGAAGAGUGAGGUGCCGUCUGAGCCCACCAGCAGACAGGAAAAUCUGAAGGAGCCACUGGUAAACCCAGAAUCCAUGGAGGGAGCAAAGAACUUCCCUAACAGCAUGGAGGUGAUUGGAAAGGCUGGCAGUGAUUUUGAAACCCUGUGUGAAUCCAGGCAUCGGGCCCUGAGGGACACAGGAACGCACAGAGACUCUGAACGGAGCCUCCCUGGCCGGAGAAAAAGAAAAGGCCAACAGGCAGGGCCAUCUGACUGCUCACUGAAGGAAGACCACAUCAGUGAGAGUUCACUGGCACCUCAGCGUCCUAGAGUAGAACUUUUACAUCCCAGUCAAGACGAACAUAACCACGAGUCUUCUUUUAGUGACUGUGCCUCCUCUCCUUCAUCUAGCCUGCGAUUUGGGGAUUCAGACACUCUCAGCUCAGACGACGAGGGGGAAGCUGGAACAACAGGGGGUCAACACAAGGCUCCUGCCCUAACAGCAGGAGGAGCCGCUGGAGUUGGCCUGCGCCCUAAUCUGGGUCGAACUAGGGGGAAUCGUUCUCAUAAGUGGGUGCGGUCUGACACUGAGCCAGUGCUGUUGAAGCGGCCAUGUCUGAGCAGCCGGCGGCCUCUGCAUAGGAAACGCUUUGUGAAAACAGCUCCUGGAGGAGGGCAACGGACUCCAAAGCAAAAGGAGCAAAUACUACUGCAGAGAAAGAAACGGGAAGUAUUUGCACGGAGGAAAUAUGCUCUGCUCCAUAGUACCAGUAGUUCCAGUGAAGAACUGAGCAGUGACUCGUCAUCCCCUUCAUCUACUGAAGCUGAAGAUGAGCUGUAUGUAGAUGUCAGCAGCAAUAGUAGCCAACCCAACAGUGCUGCUGCUGUAGCCGCAGGUGCUUUGGAUGAGGAUGUGGUGGUGAUUGAGGCAUCUCCCGCUCCAGCACCUGCAGUCCCUGCAAGUGAAGAGAUCAACGUCACCUCAACAGACAGCGAGGUGGAGAUCGUCACAGUCGGAGAUGGAUUCAGGUCACGCUCAGUGGGGGGUCUUGGCAGGAUUUGGGCCAGUAGUUGCUCCCAGAAUCGUCUCCAGGAGCCACGUGGACGUCACAGACUCUCCACAGUUAUCCAACCACUGCGUCAGAAUGCUGGGGAGGUGGUGGACCUCACUGUUGAUGAGGAUGAUCUCACAGUUGUGCCAACAACCUCUGGCAGCAUUCACCCUCAGACAGUCAGGUCGUCGUCUUCAUCAUCCUCCCAUCAUGCCUCUACCUCAGAGCUCAACGAUGCCCCAGGUCCUUCCACUAGCUGCUCAGGUUCAAUACCUGAAAGUAUACACACACAGAGGCCAAGUGGCUCUGUGCGCACAGCCACAGAGGAUGACAGCAGAGCAGGUUUGUCAGGUGCAGCAGGAGAAAACACAGGCACAGCCAUGCCCAGACUCCCAUCCUGCUGUCAGCAGCACUCCCCAUGUGGAGGGCCCUCCCCUGGUCACCUGUCCCUGAGCCACUCCCAUUCAAGCUGCUUGCAGGCACCGUCUUCUCAGCAGAGCACUGGCUCUCAGCACAGCCACAGCAAUGCUCACCACUUUCUUCACCAUGUCCAUCACCCUGCACCCCAACCCCCGGGCACUGUGCCCUUCCAAGAGCCGAGCUGCCACGUGGAGCGCCCCAGUGCUUUGCCUGCCCCUUGUGCAGGAGUCAGUGGCGGCAGCAGCAACAACAGUAGUAGCAGCAAUGCAGCCCACUACCAUGACCAGCAAACGCUGCCCGUGGACCUGAGCAACAGCAGUGUUCGAAGUACUGGAAACAGUGGGGCUAGUUUCCAUGCCAGCACUUCAGCCUUUGACCCGUGCUGCCCUGGCUCCACCUCAAGGCCUCCUACUUAUGUUUCACAUGCCACCCCUGGGCCCAGCCAGCCACCUGUGGGGGACUCAUUCAGCUCCUCCAUGGUGGCUCAGCCACAAACCCAGCCUCAGCCCUGCAGACAUUACAUGCACCCAUCUUAUGGCUCUCUAACACGUUCACUGCAUCAUCAGCCAUCUUCUGCCUGCCCUCAUUCCCAUGGGAACCCCCAACUUACACCUCAGCCCCCUCAAGGCGAAUUUCUCAUUCCCCACACCUUUCAUACACCACUGCCAUCCCACCCAUCAGGUCAUGCUGUGCCUCCUGCCCCUCCCCCUCCUCUAUCUACUCACCACCUUUCUACUUCAAGUGCCCCACUGGCCCAACACCUUCCUACAGACCACCAAACCUUGCCGCACCAUAUGCCAACUCUGGGGCCUUCAGUGCAGAGGCUCCAUCAACAUGAGAUGCUGCAGAGGAUGGAAGUUCAGAGGCGGAGGAUGAUGCAGCACCCCACGCGAGCACAUGAGCGUCCGCCUCCUCAUCCUCACAGAAUGCACCCCAACUACGGCCACGGGCACCACAUCCAUGUGCCACAAACUAUGUCUUCCCAUCCUCGCCAGCCUGAGCAGAGAACAGCAUGGGAGCUUGGCAUCGAGGCUGGAGUACCCGUUGCACCAUACACUUCAGGGCACCUGCACUCCCACUUGCCCCAUUACCACCCUCCACCAAGACUGCACCACUUCCCCAUCCCCUUUAUGCACACUGGCAUUUCAGAAGUGACCUACCCGCACAUUAGGUACAUCUCAUCUAGAAUGACUGGCUUUGGAAGAACCUACGAGGACCUGCUGCAUUUAGAGGAAAGACUGGGGACUGUGAACCGAGGAGCCUCUCAGGGAACCAUAGAGAGGUGCACCUACCCACACAAGUACAAAAAAAAGGUGUUGGAGAGAGACAUUGACCAACAGUUAACCCCUGAAGCUUGGGCAUCUAUUGGGAAAAAUAUGCACGCAACCACAGAAUCGAGAAAGCUGCAUGGUAAGCAAGAUGAAGAUGAGGGAGCUGAUGAAGACACAGAAGAAAAAUGCACCAUCUGUCUGUCAAUACUGGAGGAGGGGGAGGACGUCAGACGCCUGCCAUGUAUGCACCUCUUCCAUCAGCUGUGUGUGGAUCAGUGGCUCCUCACCAAUAAGAAGUGCCCCAUCUGCAGAGUGGACAUUGAGGCGCAGCUGUCUGCCGAGAGUUGAUGCUGUUUUUCUAACAACUCUUUUCUUUGUUCAGAAUUUAUUUUGAGGUCAUAUUAAUUUUCUCUUCAGUACUGCAGUCAACCAAAGAUGGCAUGAAUUACCUGCGCAGCUCUACUACGAGAAAAUGGAAAAAAAAAAGAGAAAAAGAUAACUUCUGACAAAAAAAAGCAUUGAGCCUAGAGUGCCAGCUCUCGCAUAUAACUACAACAGCUAGAAUUCUCCAUUAAGGGUUUAAGAUUUUAUUGUAUUUAUGAAGCUUUCAUGUAGCUUUUGAUUGUUUCCUCAAGUGUCAUUUCUGUUUUGUUUCUCUGCAUGUUUCCUUGCAAUGCAUUUCUUUGCACAUAUAAUGUGGGCUUAACACAGCCUAACCAGAUGCAGGUGAGGGUAGCUGCUCUAGUAAAGAUGCAUUUCUGUAAACCUAAUGCCUUGCUUUACUAGAAUAGAAUGUCAGCCUCCAGUUUAAAAAAUAAACAUUGCAGGAUUCAUUUUACCAAUCAUUGUAUUGAUUAGUUCAUGUUUAGAAAAUGUGGAUUGUUAGUGAUUUUUUUUUUCUUUUUUUUUUAAGUAAAUCAAGACAUUCCUAACUAGGAAAAUAUGUUAACAGAACAGCUGCUGUAUUAGUGCACACCCAGUAUUUCUAGAGUGGAAAAUAAACUCUAUUGUUCACCUCACUCCCAGAAUAUGCACAUGCUUUGCUACGAUUACACGUCCUCCUGCACCUUCAUAUAACACCGUUAUCAGCACCAUCUGAUGUAUUUUAGAGAGCAAGAAGAAGAAUGUUACAUCCCUCUCUUGACUGUUCUUUCAAAACUGAGCGAUUGUCGGGAACUGCUGUGAAUCUUUUCUUGACUUUGAUGAGGUUCCUUUCUUCAAAUGGGCUUGUGAUGCUUAACUAGCUUCCUGUAAGAUGAUCUCAGGCCCACACGAGUUAGAGAGAUUUCAUAUGAGCCUGCAAACUGGGAUCAUGUUGUUAAUUUGAUACAGGCAGUGGCGAUGACUUUUUAAUCUCCUGUGUGUGUGUGUGUGUGUGUGCGUGUGUGUGUGUGUUUGUAUGUGCGUGUUCAGAGGGAAAUGCACAGCUGAGAUAAAUAUUUACUGUUACUCACACUUAAAACUAUUUCACCCACCCUCCCUUUUUGUCUCUCUGUAGUUGAGCAGCAGCCUCCAUUUUGGAGGCUGCAGAAAGAAAAACACUAAUACUGUUGACUAACUCACUCGCAUAGACUUGCACAAGAGAGAAAAAGGCAGGAGGAUAGUAAUGAAUAUGACAGUGUGCUGAGGCCAUGUAUUUCCACUCUGAUCAAUAUGAAAAAAGGAAAGAAAAAAAGAUAUUUUGAAUUGAGUGUUGAAAUGCAGUACUUAAAGCUGGUAUCCAUGCAUUCAUUGACUUAAAGGCACCAGGAUCAUAUUCUGUGGGAUUUAUAUUAGUUUUGAAAAAUAAUAAUAAACUUGGAUAACUCUUGA